GCAAUUACAAGACGUGUGUCUUUAUAAGUGUGAAUCUUUCGCAGACUUUUCACUUAUUCCUUCAUUCUUCUUUUUGUUUUCACACCUACUCGUCUCACCGUAUCCUCUACUUGAUCGGAACCAAUACAAAAAAAUAUGGGAUCGUCGAAGAAAUCACAAAUCGGCAGAGGAUUAGACACCGACUGUCAAAAAUGGGUCAUUGCCGAAAUAUCUAUUCGGGCUUCGCUUAAACCGGUGAAGACGAAGUUGAGAAAGCCGGAGAGAGAAACCGAAGCUGAAGAAGAAAAGUAUAAUAGUAGCGAAGAGUGCUGCAUCACGCCCACGGCGAAAGAAGCGAAGUUCUCGGAGAAGCUGAAGUGUCCGCCGGCGCCAAGGAAACGCCGACCUGCGUUGAAGUGUCGGAGCAAUGUUGGUGUAGAGUACUUCGUGCCUCCGGAAGAUUUGGAGACGGUGUUUAUACGACGCCGUUAGUGUAAAACGAUAUUUAUUCUCAAAGACGACUCUUUGUCACUUUAGCUUCGACUAUAAACUUAGAAUAGAUUCUUUAAUCAGAAUAUUUUAUGGGCUUUUAGAAUUUGUCUUUAACAAUUUGCUUGCUACUUUAAUUUUAGUUUGGUUUGGUUUCACAAAUAAACCAGAAUCUAAAAGUAAUCGAAAUCAAUUAGACUGAACACUCUUGACUCAUCUCUGCCAUGGUGUCUUGUCGCACAAGUUGUCGCUUCUUGAAUCAAAAUUUAGUUCAAGAACGAAUAUUAAUUCAAGGUUCUGAACUUGAGGCUGAGUGCUGAAGAUUUACAUAGGGAGUUAGGGAUUAUUGUUACUUCAGGCUGGAAAGAAGAUCCUAACGAACGGCCAAACUUCAAAUGCUCCUUCUUUACCUCUCCACUGUUUCGUCGCCCAAAAUAAAAAAUAUACGCCGUUGCCGGGGAUGGAACCCGGGUCAC